UUAAAUACAAAAAAAUCAGUAAAUAGUUUCAUUUCAUCAGUUGUGAAGUGAUUACUUUUUAGUCAGUAUUUUGGAUGUAAUAUUUGUCGUCUAAUUACAAUUACGGUCAAUUACAAUUACAAUUACGGUCCCUAAUUUUGAUCUAACUUAAGGAUGAAUCCAAUAAUAAUAGUCCACGGAGGGGCCGGCGAUGUUCCCGAUAGUCGUGUAAAAGGCAAGUUAGAUGGAUCCAAAAAGGCUGUCAUUGCAGGACAUGAAAUAUUGGUAAGAGGUGGCAGCGCUUUAGAUGCUGUUGAGGCCGCUGUUGUUUCUAUGGAAAAAGAUGAAUAUUUUAAUGCUGGAUAUGGAUCUGUAUUGAACUUACGUGGUGAAGUGGAAAUGGAAGCAAGCAUUAUGUGUGGCAAAAAUCUUGAUGUUGGUGCAGUAACUCUAAUUAAAGAUUUUCUACAUCCUAUAAGCAUUGCUCAUAAAGUAUUGACAGAUUCGCCGCAUUCUUUGCUAGGUGGAGAAGGUGCCAAAAUUUUCGCCUUGGAUAAGGGAUUUCACACAGUAGAUCCAAAAUCAUUGAUAAGUCCACAUGCAAAGAAAGCAUUGGAAGAUUUCUUGAAACAUGGUGAAUUUGGUAGAACUGAAAUUGGGAUGGACGAGGCAGGCGUUGGAACUGUGGGUGCUGUGGCAGUUGACAGUAAUGGACACGUUGCCGUUGCUACUAGCACUGGUGGCAUGAGUGGAAAAGCGAUUGGCCGGAUAGGGGAUACUCCGCAAAUCGGCAGUGGAACUUAUGCAGACGAUCUUGUUGGAGGAGUUUCUACCACAGGUCAUGGAGAAUCCAUACUCAAAUACUGCUUAGCUCAUAGUAUUAUUAAACUUAUGGAGGAUGGACUUGAUGCAAAUACGUCUACGAAAAAAGCAGUCAAUGGUAUGACGUCUCGUUUAAAUAAUACGGCCGGCGCUAUAACUUUAUCUAAAAAUGGUGAUAUUGGCAUACAUUUUUCAUCUAAGAGAAUGUCGUGGGCAUACAUAAAGGAUAAAAAGAUUUUUUAUGGAAUAAAUCAAGGCGAGGUCUUCGAAGAACAAUAUGAGCAACAGUAAUUAUGAAUAAGUAUCGGUAUAAUACUUCUUAAUGAUCCAUGUAAUAUUAAAACAAUUAUUAAAUUAAUAGUUAAUAAUAAAUGCCUAUUUGUAGGUAUAUUUAUUAAUUUUUGUAUUAGAUACUUACUGUAUUAUGAUAAUUAGCAUUUAAAUUGAUCAAUAUAUAUAAAUAAGCAUUGUGAUUGUAAAUAUUGAUGAAUAAUUAGUUAUUAACAUUCUUUGAUAAAUCAGGAAUAUGGCUAGUGCACAAACAGGUAUUUUUAUAAUAAUAUUUAGAAUGUUGAAAUUCUAUUCCUUUCUGUUUUAUUUGUAUUAAAUGUUACAUAUCUAAUAGUAAGAAUAAAAUAUUUUUUUAAUUCA